GCUGUACUCCUUGUGAUUGCAGUCCGAUUGGCGCUCGCGGAGAAUCAUGUGAUAAUACAAUUGGCAGUUGCGAGUGCAGACCAAAUGUCAUUGGACGACGAUGUGAUGUAUGUGCGACCAGCUUCUUCAACCUUACCCUCAGACAUGGAUGCCGACCAUGCGGAUGUAAUCCCGAGGGAAGCUUGGACCAGCAAUGUAAUACGUCCGGCCAGUGUCGCUGCAAGCCGUUUGCAGUUGGGGAUAAAUGUGACAGAUGCGAGGUACGGUGGCUGUUAA